AUGGAACACGCCAACAUUCUACAGGUUGACACCUUGCCUUCUGCAAGGAGCUUGAGCGAGUUGUUGGGUACAGUAAAACCACCAAAGCUAAUUAUAGAUCCCGGUAUCAAUACCGCUAUGAAUACCGGUACGGACUCAGAUGCACUGUCUGCUACCGCUAGUGAUAUACAAAUCGACUCUCCGCAUGGACUGAGAUCGCUGGUCAAAUCUAUAUACCACACUCUCCAG